AUGUAAUAAAUUGAAAGGUGUCAAUUUUAUAAUGUGAAAAAGAAUCGACCUUGUAAUAUGGAAGUUUAUAAAUCAGGUUAUUAAUAUUGUGUAUUUCAUGGACAAUAAUAAAUAGAUUGGAUUGACUGUCCAUUAGAUCCUUCUCAUAAAGUCAAAAAGAUUAAGAUGGAGAAACAUUUAAAAAUUUGCAAUAAGAAAAAAUUAGAAGAGGAAUUAAAAUAGAACCCUUUUUUUAAAGAGAAAAUCAAUUUAAAAGAGGAUGAACAAUAGAUAAAAGUGAAAUUACAAGCAAUAUCUAAAGAUUAGCUAAAUGAAUUAAUUGAAUUGAUACCUUAAGCAUUUAAAAGAGCAAUAGCAAUUUAUCAAGAAUAUUUAGUAAAAAUAGGUGAAUAGUCUGAUAAUUGCUACUCUUAUAUUAUAGAUGAAAAUAUUGAGGAAGCUCCAAAAAAAGUCUCAGAUAAAGAAAAAGAUCUUUAGUAAGUAGAAUUAUUAACAGAAAUCAUGGAUCAAUAUAAUUUAAUAAAUAAAGAAAUGGCAUAUAUUGAGUAUGGAGCAGGAAAAGGAAGAUUUUCACAUUAAAUAGCAGAAAAAUUAAAAGAAAAAGAUAAUUCUAUGGCUAUUCAUGUUUUAAUUGAAAGAGAACCAAGAAAAUUAAAAUAUGAUAGAUUUCAUAGAGAUAACAAGUAUUUUAUAAGAUGUAAAAUGGAUAUAAGAGAUUUUAAUUUAAAAAUUUUAGAGCAAUAAUUAAAAGAUCAAGGAUAUGAUAAAGAAGUAAAAUAUGUUGGAGUUUGUAAACAUAUGUGUGGAGGAGCAUCUGAUUUAACUUUAAAUUCAUUAUUAACAUAGGAAAGAUUUCCUGUAGGAAUGACAAUAGCCACUUGUUGUCAUCAUUUAUGUGAUAAGUAGACAUAUAAAGUAUAAAUUUGAAUAUAUAAAUUUUAGAAUUUAGCUUUUUUGAAAUCAAUUAAUGUACCAGAAUAAUUAAUUGAUUUAUUAUUUUAGACUAGUAGUUGGUAUGUUAGUGGACCAAUUAAUUUACAAAAAAAAAUUAAAACAAAUGAUGAAGUCAGUUCUGAUCAGAGAAAGAGUUUAGGUAAAAUGGCAAAAAGAAUUAUUGAUAUUGGAAGAGUGCUUUAUAUUAAUUAAAUAACUUAAUUAAAAGCAGUAUUAAAAAAGUAUUGUGAAUAAUGGUUAUCACCUGAAAAUUUUAUCAUUUUAUUAUAUAAAUGA